AAUGAGCAAGAUUUGCUAAAAAAUGAUACCGUUUUUUUGACCGGGUUAAAUCGGCUAAGAGACGAUCGAUCAAUUUCUAAUGAAACAAAUGAAUCAGAUGGCACUCUGGUAACGACCACUCAUCGUUUGGACCUCGCCAGAUUUUCGACCGAGUCUCUACAUAGUUAUAGAUUUUUUGCAAGUGAUGCAUCGAUGCUGGAAAAUAGGCAGAACAUCCUUCGUCGUUCGAUAGAAUUUAUGAAGAGCAAGAUAAAAGGAUGUGUUCAGAACGCAUUAUUUCCCUCUGUGGUACCCACAAAAGAUAUCAUACUUCCACAGGAUUUCGACGGUGAUAAUGAUUCUGGCACGUCUCGUAAAUUUAAACGAACGUUAACAGAUCUCCCUAUUUCCUCAUUGUAUACAUCUGUAAAUCCUCCUUCAACUCUGCAUUCACCAACAAGAUUCACUCCGCAAAAUCAAGCUAUCAUCACCACCGAUAAUCAAAGCAACAUAUUAAAUGUAAAUGACAUUGCUUGCUUGAUAUUUGGUUAUUCACGGAUUGAAAUAUUGAGCAUCAAAGCAUUAGACUUGAUUGCUAGAUCGUUUAGAGAAAAGCAAGCAAAAUCUCUUGCCGCGAGGCCUCACGAUGAUCAUGGGAGUUGCGAAGCUGUAUUGGCAUGCGGCAAAGUCAUACCUAUACAAAGGAAAAAUGAUGAAAUUUCUGCCGCCUCACUAUGGCUCAAAGCUAAGAAGGAUGAAUUUGGGAAAUCUAUUUUUAUUUGGAUCUUUGAAGAAAUAACAGAGUCUAUGAUGACUGCUGAAAUUAAUGAAAAUGGUACAGUGCUAAAGUCAUCUGGUGAUGUAAAGGCCUUAUAUGGAUAUACAUCUGAAGAGAUUGUCGGAAUACAUGUCACUACUUUAAUUCCAGCCUUAGAAACUAUUCAUUUCAAUGGAAUGGACAAUAUGAACGUUGAUAACAUGGCGACUUUAAGUCCUUUUGAUUCUCGAUUGGACAUUGAUCAAAUAAAUAAAACAAAGUUUUAUGGAAGUCGGUCAAAGAAUGGUGCCAACUUUCCGAUAAUUGGCAAAAUUUCUGUACAUAUUAUUCCCGAAGAGUCUCAAGACGAACCUAAUUCAACCAUCAUCUAUAAACUUAAGAUUAUAUCCAUACCUACCAUCGCUGGUGUUAUAACUGCACACUCAACUGGUGUAAUUCAAUCGUGUAAUUCCGAUUUUGUGAAAUACCUCUUCGGUGUUGGUGCACAAGAGUUGAAUGGAAAGCGUCGUAUCGAAUCUCUGUUACCGCAAUUUUCUAGACUUAUUGAAGUUAUUGGUUCUGAACGACCUCUUGUUGAGGGCGUCGUAAUUUCCGAGAAUACUUUUCGUCGCGCGGCGGCUGUGUUGACUUCUACAAACUUGGCUCAGAAGGAACUUCCAAAUAUCGUGUCCACUCAGGGUCCCUCAGGUAUAACUGCAGUGCAUAGGGAUGGUACAGAGUUCGACGUGGACAUUCAAAUGCGUGUGGUUGAAUCAUCAGAUGAACCGCUACAUGCAUUAUGGAUCACUUAUGACC